AUGAAAAUGGACCGGCCCCCUUCGAUCGCAGGUUCGGAGGAACUGGUGACUCUGGUCGCUCGAAAUGGUCAGGUAUCAGACAGCACCCUUCGACGAGUCUCCGACAAAUCGAAUGAGGCUUUGAGCUCCUCGCCAACAUCAACGGAGGUUGACGUUCGACAAGCCAUCACUAGGCCUCCGAGUGCCAAACUUCCCUUGUCUGGUGACAUCCCAGAAGGACAACCCUCGCUGCGGCACCCAUUCCCUCACCUCUAUCACUCCUCCAGUACCUCGAGAUCCCCGUCCACGCGGACGUCUUCCAGCUCGUUACAGGCACUCAAUGAGGAUGUAGUGGUCGAUGCUCGGUCGGAUCACGGCGGCAUCGGGCGAACUCCCAUCGCCCGAAAAAUGGUGCACCUGAGUCAGUCGGAUAUGCCACCCGGCGAUUAUCCUGUCUAUCCUGACCAGUCAUACGCCGUGCUACAAUCCCAGGUUCAUCCCACGUAUCAACCUCCCUUUCUACGCACCCGCAGCUCAUAUCCAUCUCGGAUCGAGGCGGCUUCUCGAUUCCCUCCUGCACGUGCGGCGCGCACGGCGGGCAAUACACCCAUCUCUAGCCCCGGUCUUUUCUCGGUGCGCAGCCCUCGCUCAACUCCUCCGAUCGCCUCGGAUGACGAGGGUCGGAUAAGUAGCCCAUAUCUUCAUCCGACCCAUCUCCAACCACCCAAAGAGACCCAUACAGCGGAGGUAGACCGCGAUUUGAUCACCGGCAACAAGCUGAUUAAUCAAUACGAAAUCCUCGAGGAGCUCGGACGUGGAGAACAUGGAAAGGUCAAACUAGGUCGCCAUGUCACGACUCGACAAAAAGUCGCCAUUAAGAUCGUCCAGCGAUACUCUAAGCGUCGUCGCUUAGGAAAGCUGGGCAAUCCGGAGGAUAAGGUCAAGAAAGAAGUUGCCAUUCUGAAGAAAGCUCGACAUCCAAAUGUUGUCAGUCUGCUGGAAGUGAUCGACGACCCUAAUCGCCAAAAAGUAUACAUAGUUCUUGAGUAUGUGGAGAACGGUGAAAUUAUCUGGCGCAAGAGAGGUCUGCGGGAAAUCGUGCAUGUUGACAAGCGCCGAUUAGAGCGGGAAAAGGCUGGCAUUCCCGAGACCCCUUCGUUCAUGGAGGAAAGCCAGCAAUAUGUGAAAACCGCCCGACAUCUCCGUCGUCAACGCGAAAAGGCACGCGAACGACUCGAAGCGCAGGCCGCAUUUGCACAGGAGGCUCCUAUCCCAGCUUGGAGUCUAGAGCAUGGCGCGGAGUCCGACGAGGAGCAAGACGAAGAGCCUGGCAUGGCUCGCAUUCCGAGUCGAUCCCUGAUGUACCAUGAUGAAACCCAGUCUUCUCCGUGCCAUUCUUAUGCAUCGGGUCCCGAAGCAGCAUUGGCUGCAGUGGAAGGCAGCAUGUAUGGUGCCUAUGCGGAUUACUCUUUCGAUAGAAGAUUCAGCACGGCAUCUAGCAGCUUUGGCUACGCUCCCUCCGAGCCCGAGUGGCUCAGUGAUGAUGAUGAUAUGUCUUAUGUACCCUGUCUAACGUUUGCGGAGGCGCGUAACGCUUUCCGAGACUCGCUGUUGGGGUUGGAAUACUUGCACUUCCAAGGUAUCAUCCACCGCGAUAUCAAACCAGCGAAUCUGCUGGUUACCAGCAAUUACCGAGUCAAAAUCUCCGACUUCGGGGUAUCUUACCUUGGCCGGCCCAUCAGAGACGAGGAUGAGGAACAUAUCGAGGAGACAGACGCGACUGAAUUAGACGAUGCAAGGGAGCUGUCCAAAACCGUGGGGACACCCGCAUUUUAUGCACCGGAAUUGUGCUACACAGGUGAGGAUUUUGUAGACAGUCUCGGUAGCGCUCCCCGAAUUACUGGUGCUAUUGAUGUCUGGUCCCUUGGUGUCACCCUCUACGGCAUGAUCUUCGGACGUCUACCAUUUGUCUCAGAUGACGAGUAUAGUAUGUUUCAGACUAUUGUGAAGAAAGAGGUGUUUAUACCCCGAAAGCGCUUGAAGCCAGUCGAGGAUAAUCCUGAUGCCGCCAGCCAGUGGCCGCGCUUCGACGAAUACAGCAAGCGAAUGGAGGAUGAAUUGGUGUACGAAGACAUUGACGAUGAGCUCUAUGAUCUCCUGAAGCGGCUGUUGACCAAGGACCCAGUCAAGCGGAUCACGGUGAAGGAGAUCAAGCACCAUCCUUGGAUUCUCUACGGCCUUCCCAACCCCCGAGCUUGGGUCGAAGAGACCGACCCGGGAUAUCAGAGCAAGGGCAAGAAAAUCGAAGUGUCUAACGAGGAAGUCACCACGGCUGUCAGCAAAGUACCUCUUUUCCAGAGGGUACGAUCCAAUGUCGCGAAAUGGUCGAAUUUCCUGACUGGACGAUCGAAAGAGAAGGAUAGCCGCAAGCGCACUCCCAGCAACAACUCCGCUGACUCCGGCUCUGCCAAGUCUCUCUGGGAGGGGCGCCGUCACAGUCUUAGGGGCGAUGAAGAUUUCUCGCGUUCAAUCCGCCAUCUUCGAGAUGGCGAACACCCCCUUUCACGGAGUGUCACCGCAAGUCCUAUUGGCCGGGACGAGCAGACCUCUUACUUCAUUCAAUCCGGAUCCAACCCCUCACAUGAACGGAUUGUGCGCCCCGACCCCCCGGAGCGCGCGACCUCGACCUUGUCCACAGCCGAGUCUGCAAAGACUGUGAAGCCACACGACUCCAGGAAUUCACCAGUACCACAACGGACGGGCACGCCUGUACGCGUAGAACAUUCGGGUACUACGAACUUAAGUGGACUUUUUGGCGGCGCAAGCCGUCGGCUAGCACGUGGACUUCAGCCUCAGGAUUGGCGCUCUGAUCGGUCCGUUUCCGGCGAGACAGCGUCUUUGGAAAGUGACCGCCACUCGGAGCCCAGUUUGGCUAUUAGUGUUACUUCUGCGCUUGGCCACAUGCAACAUCCUGCCCUGCGUUCUAAUGAGGAUCUACUUUCGAUCCCUCAUGAGCAUGCACUGUCCUCAUCCCCAGGUCACCGUCGCAAUCGCUCCCAUCAGCUUCCAGGUAAACACGCCGAACCCUUCCAUCUCACUCGAGAAGCCUUGCUACGGAAGAGGCGGAGCGGGAUGGAGUCGACAUUUGACAUGGACCAUGUGCCGACCCGUGGCUCCCAUGGACCAGACCACGAUACGCUCAUUCCACCGUAUGAUGUUUACGCGCAGGCUACCGGUCCCUCUGUUGAACACUUCAUCUCCGGCGAGUCCUGCUUAACAACCUCACCGCCCUCGGCUGCUACUAUCUCUUCGUCCUCGGUGGACGAAUAUACUAGCGGAAUGUCUCAGCGAACCUCUCAUGCGAGCAUCCCGUCCGUGGUGUCAGGGGCAUCUUCUAUCUCGGGGGAGGGCGGUACCCGAGACAGGGAUUGUGAUUCUACAGCUAAAGUACCCUCAAUUCUCCGUACCGACGACACUGUGAAAGCCCCGCCUCUCAGCCUCUCACGCUCAACCGAGGAUGAUGAAUCUCGGUAUUAUUGCGAUGAUGAGGAAGAGUCUGAAGGGGACUCAGAAGAUGAAGGCCUCGUGAUCGGCAAGAAGAGGACCACCCCCCAGAAGCCUAUCAUUCGGUCGGGACUCCCAAAGUCCUAGUCCACGGUGCGUUUCUCGAUGGCGCCUUUCCCAGGUACCUGGCACGGACAUCUCGUUCCUUGUCUGUUUACUAUCUUUGAUGUCGUCGUCUCAUACAUCGAUAAUGAGUCUCGGGGGGCUCCUUCCUUCACCGAACAUCUCGCCGCUUCUAGUCGACAGGGG